AAACGUAAAAGAGAGAGAAAGGGAUCAAUCUUUCGUUCCUUUCUCUCUCAUUCUCUCAUCGCCUCUCUCUCUCUCUCUCUCUCUUAUAACAGAUAUAGGAAGAUCGUUCAAGAAGCAAUCCCAGUUUGUCUCCAACUCUGAAUCAAUAUCUCUCUCUCUCUCUCUCCCUCUUUUUCUAUAAGUUCUUCAUCUUCCUGCUCUCAGAAGUUUGAAUCGCAGAUACGGUUUUUAUUGUUCUUCGAAGUCUCUCGAUUGCAGAUUGAUUUUUCAGUAGCAGAGAAAGAGAUCACCUCGAAUUCAUCGAUUUCUUAUCUCUUUUUUUGAAUAAGAUGGCUUGCGCAGCCCUGCGUUGUGGCGGUGGAAACGCAUUCCUCUCUCAUCUUAACGUUAGAGCCGAUCAGCAGCAGCGACAACCCCAGAGGAGCUGUUCGUGCAGGGGAAACCCCCCACUAGCGGUGCUCAAGUCAAAUUAUCAGCAGACUCAGAUAAGAACCACAGGGAAUGCCUGGAAGCUUCCGCCGAUGCCUUCUGUAGUGAAUGAGAAUCUUAGUUUCAGCAGGGGAGAGAGUAGUGGUGCCGAAAAGGGAGAGAUCACAUCUGAAACACUCGAUGUGUGGAUGAGAGAUUCGGUGACUGAUAUUGUGAAGAACAUCGGAGAAGCUCCAUUCUUGUUUCAUUUGUUUUCUUCAAAGAAGAAUGGGAAGGCUAAGGUUACGCGGUUGAACAGAGAGAAGGCGGUGGCUGAGGAGUGGCCGUUCAUGAAGAGGAGGUGGGAAGAAAGAGAAGAAAGAGGGGAGUGCUCAACCCCUGAUGGAAUCAUACUUGUUGAAGAACUCAAGGACGAGAAUGAAGACCAAGAAGAUAGUGAAGGAAGAGGGGAGGAAUCAAACACAAGGGCUUGGGGGAUAGUGAUUCAAGGGAAAGGUGUGAAUUGCAGCCCAGCUUGUUAUAUACUCAAGACUUGCCGUGUGGGUUCGCCAUCGAUUGGUUUCUGUACACACUUUUGUUUGGUAAAGGCUCAGUUAUACAGCGAGACUGCUCUGCAACAGAUGAAGAACUCUUGGCUAUUAAAUCCGCAGCUCUUGUACCAGAACUCUUAUUAUUCUGACUUUGAAUCUACAAAACAAAUGAAUUGAAUAUUGUCUACAUACCAAAGUUGAAUUUAGGAAAUUGAGGAUUGAAUUGGGGUGCUUUCUUUUCUCUUUUAUUGAAUGGAAAGAUUGGUUUGUAAGGUUUGAUGAUGACCCAUAUCAAAUUGAAACUGUAAUCCAAUUGUAUUAGUUUGUUCGUAUCUUUUUUUCUGCACAAAGUAAAUGAAAAUUACAAAGUUCAAUCAA